AUGGCACAUGCAAAGACGUAAGUUACGUUUAGGCCAGGGACGUCGCUACGGAGUUCCUCCGGGGGGAGGGGGGGGAAGUCACCUCCUGGUUUAGUCUUGUAAAAAUCCAAUGUUUGAUUUUUUGGACAGCUAUAAACAAUAAAAGAUGUAGAGCUUUCGGCUUGUGUUAAAAAAAAGCUACAUUUUGUUAAUUUUGUGAACAAAAAUGAAUUGCUUUAAUCAAUCUCUUUUUUAGUCACAACUUCAGAGUUGAUGGCGUCGCCAUUUGUAACGGAGAAAGCUUACACGGUCAAUGGGGAGUGGUAAGUGUUGGCAGUUUUUAUUUUACUAUUGAGUUUUAUUUCGAAGGUUAUAACCAGAGUUCCCACGGGCUUCCCCGGAGCCAAACUUAAAAAAAAGGUUUGGGAACUCUGGUUAUAACUAUCCUAAAAUUGUUUUUUUAAGUUUGUAAUAUAGCCCUAUUUUUAACAGAAAGUUGACCUGUAUGAUAAAUGGACAAUUCUUUCGGACAAUCUUGUGGCCAGUGCCAAUUUACCUCCAACCGGCGAGUUUCUCUUUGAUUCCAGCACAUUUUUAUCACCGACUCUAUAUCUGUAUAUGCAAGUUUUUAUUCUGGAUUGGUUUAAGACAAUACUUAAACCUGUAAAUGAGGUUUUUGUAUCGUAAAAAGGUAGAGUAAGAAGUCACAAGAAAGAUAUUUUAAAUAUGUACUACCACAGUUUUUUUAAUAUAUUUGUGACAUAGUAUAUAUACAGUCAAUCGGCAAAAACAAUUAAGUAAAUUAAUUCUUUUGUUAUAGUAGUCAUCGCUGCAAUUCAAAUCAAGAAUGUCGUUACGGAUGGGGUUACCUUGCCAAGUCCAGUAAUAUGGACACGUGUUUGAAGCAUCACGAAGCUUGCUACAGCUGGGGAACCUUCGAAUUAAACAAGUUAAAGGACGAUGGUGCCAGCGAGGAGUGUCCGCCGUUCAAGUACAAGCCCAAAGACGAUGGAAAACAACAAGAUCCCCAGCAUUAA